GUGGGUGGGUGUGAUAGGUGGGUGAGUGUGUGUGUGUGUUGUGCGUCUUGGCCUGGUACGGGCUGCACGGUUGCUCGUUGUUUCUGUGUACCUGCGAGCGUGUGCCUGUUUGUCCCUUGGAGUCAGGACUCAAUUCUGCGCCCGCAGGGUGUACAGGUACGUGCCAACCUGGGUUUGGACCAUGGGCCUUGAUCAUUUACAUCUUUGCCUUCACCACUGUGGGUCAUUCUACAUUUGUGUUUCCGUGCAUGGUUCAUUUUUGUUUCUGAGAUAAAUUCCUGGAGGAGUUACUAAACUUGCCUGCUCUCACCUGGCUACUAACAUCAAGGCCCGCCCCCUUCUCUCAGCAGCCUGGGGCCCAGGCCUGUGCCACCAUGGCACUGCCUCCAGGGCCAGCUACCCUCCUGCACACACUUCUGCUCUUGCCGGCCCUUCUGAGCUCAGGUACACCCCUGUUCAUCCCUUGGCAUGUGUUUGUGGGGUCAAGUCCCUGUCUCUCCCCUCCUUGCCUGCAUCUUCAGUUUGGGUACCCACUUUAGACACCAGAACUGGGCUCUCCUCAUCCACCUACCAAGGUCCAGCCAGUCCCUGGUGAGAGAACCCAGGUCCCUCUGGAACUGGACCUCACCCAUGUCACAUAACAGUACUAACUGUCCACCAGCUCUCCCCAGACUCCACUAUGUUCUAGGUUGGGGGGAGCUGGCGCCACAAAUUGAUGGUCAGACCUGGGCAGAGCGGGCACUUCGAGAGAAUGAACGCCAUGCCUUCACCUGCCAUGUGGCAGGGGGACUUGGCACCCCUCGAUUGGCCUGGUACCUGGAUGGACAGCUGCAGGAGGCCAGCACCUCGAGACUGCUGAGUGUGGGCAGGGAGGCCUUCUCUGGAGGCACAAGCACUUUCACUGUCACUGCCCAGCGGGCCCAGCAUGAACUCAACUGCUCCCUGCAGGACCCAGGCAGUGGCCAGUCAGCCAAUGCAUCCGUUAUCCUCAAUGUGCAAUUUAAGCCGGAGAUUGCUCAGGUUGGGGCCAAGUACCAGGAAGCUCAGGGCCCAGGCCUUCUGGUCAUCCUCUUUGCCCUCGUGCGUGCCAACCCGCCUGCCAAUGUGACCUGGAUCGACCAGGAUGGGCCAGUGACUGUCAACACCUCGGACUUCCUGGUGCUGGAUGCCCAGAACUACCCCUGGCUCACCAACCACACCGUGCAGCUGCAGCUCCGCAGCCUGCCACACAACCUCUCGGUGGUGGCCACCAACGACGUGGGUGUCACCAGUUCCUCGCUUCCAGCCCCAGGGCUCCUGGCCACCCGGGUGGAAGUGCCACUGCUGGGCAUCAUUGUGGCUGGAGGGCUUGCCCUGGGCACCCUGGUGGGGUUCAGCACCUUGGUGGCCUGCCUGAUCUGCAGGAAAGAGAAGAAGACCAAAGGCCCCUCCCGGCGCCCAUCCCUGAUCUCUAGCAACUCCAACAACCUGAAACUCAGCAACGUGCGCCUGCCACGCGAGAACAUGUCCCUCCCAUCCAACCUUCAGCUCAAUGACCUCACUCCAGACUGCAGAGGGAAACCAGCAGACCAGCAGACGGCUCAGGACAACAGCAGGCCAGACCUUCUGGACCCGGAGCCUGGUGGCCUCCUCACCAGCCGAGGUUUCAUCCGCCUCCCAAUGCUGGGCUACAUUUACCGGGUGUCCAGUGUGAGCAGUGAUGAAAUCUGGCUCUGAGAUGAGGCCAAGAGAGAAGAUACCUUCUUGGCCCCUGGGCAUCCUCCUGGUCCUCGUCCAAGGCAUCCUUUGCAUGGCCAUGUUGCCAAUGGGAAGAGGCCAUGCCUCUGCCACUUUUGCUUGCCUGGGGGCACGGGUAUUCUUGGCUAGGCUGCCAGCUGGACCUACUCCUGGCUGGACCUGGACCUGUUCUGACUCCAGUUGGGGGCCUGCAUGACUGCCCGUGCCCAGGUGUGCCUGGAGGUCAGCCAGCAUCUAAGCGUGGCAUGGCCCUGCUGGCUCGGGCCGGCUCUGCCCCGCACCAGUGCUCCUCAGCACUGUGUACAACAAGCAUGGGGCAUGCUUGGUUGGGGGGCGGGGGGCCUUGCACGUCCUGGAUUUCCUUCACAUGCUGUGCAGCUUUGUUCCCUCAGGGAAAACUUAGGACCCUGCUAGCUGUAGAGAACCAACCUGCCCUUUCCAAUGAACCCACCCCUGAUCCAGGGGUGCUGGUGAAGCACAGACCAGUCCUUUUUGCUGCAUCUCUCUGCCCCUCUGCGCCCACCCCCUCUUGGGCAUCGUAGGUUAUAUGCUGGACCUUCAUUUCUUCACUGGGCACUAGACUUCCCCACUGGCCUGGGCCCCAGUGGUGUCAGAGCCUGGUAUUAGCACAAGUCAGGAGACAAGAGGGAGGUGAGAAGUCUGGUGCCUCCAGGACUGCAUGCAGCUGUGCCUCGUUUUUCACAGCGGUUGCACUUGAAGCACAUCUCCUGGGAAGGGAGUGUGGGCCCCGGGCCCUGCUGUGGCUUUCCCGAGUUUGGCCUUUUUAUGACUCACUGUGAGUGCCCUGAGCCCUUGGGGUUGAUGGGUUUCUGCUCAAAAUAUCUCCCCCUUCCAUGGGCGCCUGGCCUUGACCUCCCCACCAGCAGGAAACUGUUCUUGUCCCAUCCUCCGUUCUUUAGGGGAUGGUCACAGUAGCACAUAAUUUGACAGUGCUGGGAACCUUAGGGAGCUGUGGGAAAGGAGGGGAGAUCACAUAUCCCAGAACAACCCAAGUACACUGUUGAAAGGCAACAUGAAAGAUUGCAAAUUAAUAGCGUGCAAAGUAUAUUUUUCCCUUGUUGAUACCUUGUUUUGUAAUUUCUCUCGAUACCGCCAAGAACAGUGCUGAGCACACAGUAGGUUCAAUAAACUUGACUGAGUGAAUGUCA